AAGAGGGUGGAACUGACAGAGGGGGUGAGAUUGUCAGGGAAAGGGAAAUGAAGGAGUAAGCAAGAUUGUGCCUGCAACACAGAUUCACUCUCUCAGCUGACAGUAAAGGAAGACAGACAUGGUGGGAGACAAAGUGGAGGAGAGAACAAGGAGCGGGUGAGGAAAAACAACAAGCCAUCAGCAGAGCUUGCCAACCUUGGCCACCUUAUCUUUCUGCAUCUAUAUACAGAAACCAGUGGAUAAUUUAUAAGCCUCUCCCUCUUCGCUCUGUGUGAGUGUGUGGGGGAGAGAGGGGGGAUUUGCUGAGCUCACCACCACCAUGCUGUGUCCUGCUGCUGUCAGUGCAGCUGCUGCGGCUCUCUGGCUGCUGGCAGUGCUGGGCCCAGGCCUGUGUCUUCCAGCUGAGGGCAACUCAGAGCUGGGCUUCAACCUCUGCAGCCACUGCUUCUACAGACAGACGCCUCCUCAGGGAGCCUCUGCAGGGCCGCUGCUGCGGCCCCUCUGCCACAGACGGCCUGGGGGACAGUCAUUCGCCACUCUCUAUAAGCCAACCUGUGACACAGCUGUCUACUCGGCCUUCCAUCUCAGCCAUGGACAGGCAGACAGAGGAGAAGAGGGGGAAGAGCUUGUGACAGAGGAAGAGGAGAAUGUUAAAGUAGUAGUCCCAGCUCUCCUCAGGGGAGGCGAGGAUCCACCUCAGGUUGCCACAGACUCCCAACUUCAGCAAUGGGACUCAACAUUCACGACACUGGUCCAGUCAAGUGUCAUUCCCCAGUGUAACACUUUAGGUGGUGAUCUGUACAUCUUGACCGGAGCAGGCCGACUAGGAGCUGCAGAGGAUGGAAAUGAAGAGUGCCAGGCAAAGUUGCUGUGGUCUGCAGUCUGUUGUGUCGUCCCAGAGGGGAAAGAAAGCUUUAGUGUGGGGUUAAUCAGAGAGACAGAUGGAGAGGAGAGGCAGGUAAGUGUGGAGGAGCUGGAAGAGAUACUGGGAGUGAUUGAGCUGUUCUCUGAAGGAUGCAGAGGAGCUAAUGGACAGGCUGUUGAAGUCGUAAUAGGCCAUCACAGUGAAGCAGAACCUAGAAAUGUAGAGACAUUGGAGUCAGAUGCUGCUGGUAUGGACACAAGGGCUAAAGAACUGGAUUCAGGUAAUACUGAUCAAAAUACUGACAGGGAAGUGGUGGGUGCAGAUGCAACUGAUCAAGACUCAACUGAGGACACUCAGAGCACAGAAGCACAGGUCCCAAAAGAAGAGGCAGCUGUUGAUACUGAGGUCCAAUCAGAAGCCUCAGGAGAUGCAAUGGCCUCAGUGAGCAGUGCUGAACUGCAGGAGGAUGUGCCAGAUUCAGAUGAUGUCAGAUCAGACACCUACCAGUCUUCCUAUGGCUCAGAGACUGUGGAUGACCUGGAGAAAGACACUAAUUCCAGCAGUAUCUUGGUCUACAUCCUGUCCACCACCGUGUCCAUUUUGACAGCUCCACUAAGGCCUGUAAUCUCCACAAUCACAGAGUUACCUGGACAGGUGACAUAUGUUCUUCAGGAAGACCUAGGAGUUCUCUCAGCUUUGCCUGGAGACACUUUGUCCUUUUUCCACCUCUUGACCUCUGACCUCUUGUCCUGGAUGGGCUCAGCUGUUGACAUGGUGCUGAGUAUGGGGGAUACCUGUCUCUCCAACACCUACUACUGUACUUCCUCCAUGCUCGGGGCCCUCCUGAACAGCUGCCAUACUGGGGUCACAGGUGUGGGGACCCUGGCUGGUGACACAGUGGGUAUAUUUAGUGAUGUGCUAGAUAAUACAUGGUGGGUGACCAAGUUCUUUGGAAGACGGCUAUGGGAGCAGAGUGAGGGCUAUGUAGGGACAGUGAUGACAGAGAUGGGUGGUCAGGCGAAAGCAGUAGGAGGAGGUGUAGGUAAGCUGGUGUGGAGGAGUGGAUGUGGGGUGGGUAAUGUGUUUAGGAUGACAGGAGGGGUAAUAAUGGGGGUGGUGGAUGUGAUCAUUGGUGCGGUGCAAGACGGUUUUGGACAGGAAUCAGAAUAAAUGAAGAGAAGUUUAGGCUCUGCAUUAUGGCCAACAGCAACAACCUGUGUGUUUCCCUUGAGUAUUUUUGAUUUGUAAGUUUCUUCAAUGCGCGGGAGUUUGAAAAAGGGAAAUAUGAUAUGCCUUAGUUCUUAUCGAAGGAUUUGCUUAUUUUAAACCUAGUGAGCUCAAUAUUUUGUAUAGGUCUUACACUUCACUGUGGAAAGCUGGCUAUCCAAAAAGCUGUACCUGCUGUAUUUGAUAGGGGAUUUACUGUUAACUUAACUGUGAUUUUGAAAAAAACACUGUGCACAAAGCUUUUGGAUGUAAUUUUCUUCUCUUGUAUGAUCAUUGUUGUGAUGAACAUUUGUCUCUACAUUUGCAUAAAGACAAUGCUGGCUUACCAUUA